ACUCUAUCCAAUAGCCAACAACCCUUUAAGGGUGUCAAUAAUCAGCCACCUUUUAGUAGUGCUAAUAAUCAACAGCCUUUUAAUGCUGCCAAUUAUCAACAAGCUUUUAGUGGUGCCAAUAAUCAGCCAUCUUUUAGUAGUGCCAAUAACCAACAACCUUUUAAUGGUACCAACAAUCAACAAGCUUUUACGUAG